AUGACGUUAUGUUCUCCAAGAAUCAUACAUCAUUUACAUACAUCAAGCAACGCCACUUCUCAAACAAGCGCAAACAAGAAUCUAAACUACCAAAUUACACAUAUAUCACCCCAGAUGCUAAAAACCUGUUUCUUAACCUAUUACUAUUUCAAAGCUAUAAAAUCUUUGAUGUAACAAUACUAAACAAAUUGUGUCUUAGGCUGCUCAAAAAGCAGAAAUCAAAUAUUCAUCUGCUAAAACCAUAUUAUUCGCUCAGCUUAAAUUAUAUAGAGAAAAAUUGAUUAGAGAUAAAUGACUGCAGUAAAAUUUAUAAAAAAUAUAGAAUUCUGUAAAUGCUAAGUGUUGUGGAUAUAAACAUAAAUAAUCUGGAGAGUCAAUUUUGAUUUAAGUGAUAACUAGGGUUGGAAUGUGGCAGAGUUAUUACGUAAUCACUAUAUUUUGA